AUGUCAGGCUCUAGGCCAAGUCAGUCCUCUGAGGGCUCAAGGAGAUCAAGACACAGCGCUAGGAUCAUUGCACAGACGACUGUUGAUGCAAAGCUCCAUGCUGAUUUUGAGGAGUCAGGAGGCAGUUCCUUUGAUUACUCAACCUCAGUGCGUGUCACUAACCCCGUUGUGGAGGAGAAUCAGCCACCAAGGUCAGACAAAGUGACCACUACUUAUCUUCAUCACAUACAAAAGGGAAAGCUGAUUCAGCCCUUUGGUUGUUUGCUUGCAUUGGAUGAGAAAACCUUCAAAGUCAUUGCAUACAGCGAAAACGCUCCUGAGCUGUUGACAAUGACCAGUCACGCAGUUCCUAGUGUUGGCGAGAACCCUCUUCUAGGCAUUGGGACUGAUAUAAGAAGCCUUUUCACUGCUCCUAGUGCCUCUGCGUUGCAGAAGGCUCUUGGAUUUGGAGAUGUCUCUCUGUUGAAUCCCAUUCUUGUCCACUGCAAGACGUCCGCAAAGCCGUUUUAUGCUAUUGUACACAAGGUUACAGGGAGCAUAAUCGUAGACUUUGAACCGGUGAAGCCUUAUGAAGUUCCCAUGACAGCUGCUGGUGCUUUGCAAUCAUACAAGCUCGCUGCCAAAGCAAUCACUAGGCUGCAGUCUUUGCCUAGUGGCAGCAUGGAAAGGCUUUGCGAUACAAUGGUUCAAGAGGUUUUUGAACUCACUGGCUACGACAGAGUGAUGGCUUAUAAAUUUCAUGACGAUGAUCACGGUGAGGUUGUCUCUGAAGUUACAAAGCCUGGUCUAGAGCCUUAUCUUGGUUUGCAUUAUCCAGCCACAGACAUCCCUCAAGCAGCUCGGUUUCUCUUUAUGAAGAAUAAAGUGAGGAUGAUUGUUGAUUGCAAUGCAAAACAUGUGAAGGUGCUUCAAGAUGAGAAGCUUUCCUUUGAUCUCACCUUGUGUGGCUCCACACUUAGAGCACCUCACAGCUGUCAUUUGCAGUACAUGGCCAACAUGGAUUCAAUUGCAUCUCUAGUUAUGGCGGUUGUAGUUAACGAGGAAGAUGGAGAAGAGGAUGCAACACCCCAAAAGAGAAAGAGACUAUGGGGUUUGGUGGUUUGUCACAACACAACUCCAAGGUUUGUCCCUUUUCCUCUCAGGUAUGCUUGUGAGUUUCUAGCUCAAGUGUUUGCCAUACAUGUCAAUAAAGAGGUGGAGCUGGAGAAUCAGAUUACUGAGAAGAACAUUCUCCGCACACAGACACUCUUAUGCGAUAUGCUGAUGCGUGAUGCUCCUCUAGGUAUUGUCUCACAGACUCCCAACAUAAUGGACCUUGUGAAAUGUGAUGGAGCAGCUCUUUUGUAUAAAGAAAAAGUAUGGAAACUUGGAACAACUCCAAGUGAGUUUCAUCUACAAGAGAUAGCUUCUUGGUUGUGUGAAUACCACACAGAUUCAACUGGUCUCAGCACUGAUAGUUUACAUGAUGCUGGGUUUCCUAGAGAUCUUGGGGACUCAGUAUGUGGAAUGGCGGCUGUGAGGAUAUCAUCUAAAGACAUGAUCUUCUGGUUCCGUUCUCAUACAGCUGGUGAAGUGAGAUGGGGAGGUGCAAAGCAUGAUCCAGAUGAUAAGGAUGAUGCAAGGAGAAUGCACCCAAGGUCAUCUUUCAAGGCUUUUCUUGAAGUGGUCAAGACUAGGAGUUUACCUUGGAAGGACUAUGAGAUGGAUGCUAUACAUUCCUUGCAGCUUAUUCUGAGGAAUGCUUUCAAGGAUGGAGGAGAAGCUAGUGAAGUGAAUACAAAUAUUAUUUACUCGAAGCUUAAUGAUCUAAACAUUGAUGGUAUGCAAGAACUAGAAGCUGUGACUAGUGAGAUGGUUCGUUUGAUAGAGACUGCUACUGUGCCAAUAUUGGCGGUUGAUUCUGAUGGAUUGGUUAAUGGUUGGAACACGAAGAUUGCUGAGCUGACGGGUCUGGAGGUUGAUGAUGCCAUUGGGAAGCAUCUCCUCACACUUAUUGAAGAUUCUUCAGUGGAGAUUGUUAAGAGGAUGUUAGAGAAUGCAUUAGAAGGAACUGAGGAGCAGAAUGUUCAGUUUGAGAUCAAGACACAUCUGUCAAGAGCCGAUGCUGGGCCAAUAAGUUUAGUUGUAAAUGCAUGUGCAAGUAAAGAUCUCCAUGAAAACGUGGUUGGGGUAUGUUUUGUAGCACAUGAUCUCACUGGACAGAAGACUGUGAUGGACAAGUUUACUCGGAUAGAAUGUGACUACAAAGCCAUCAUCCAGAAUCCAAACCCUUUGAUCCCACCCAUUUUUGGAACCGAUGAGUUUGGGUGGUGCACAGAGUGGAAUCCAGCAAUGUCAAAGCUAACCGGUUUGAAGCGAGACGAAGUGAUGGAGAAGAUGCUGUUAGGAGAAGUAUUUGGGACGCAGAAGAAGUCAUGUUGUCGUCUAAAGAAUCAAGAAGCAUUUGUGAAUCUUGGGAUUGUGCUAAACAAUGCUGUGACUAGUCAUGAUGCUGAGAAAGUGUCCUUUGGUUUUUUUACAAGGGGUGGAAAGUAUGUGGAGUGUUUGUUGUGUGUGAGUAAGAAACUUGACAGGGAAGGUGUGGUGACUGGUGUCUUCUGUUUUCUGCAGCUUGCUAGCCAUGAGCUUCAGGAAGCUCUCCAUGUGCAGCGUUUAGCUGAGCGUACUGCAAUGAAGAGACUAAAGGCUUUAGCGUACAUUAAAAGAGAGAUUCGGAAUCCGUUGUCCGGGAUCAUGUUUACAAGGGAAAUGAUGGAGGGGACUGAGUUAGGACCAGAGCAGAGACGGAUCUUGCAAACUAGCGCUUUGUGUCAGAAGCAACUCAGCAAGAUUCUUGAUGAUUCUGAUCUAGAAAACAUCAUUGAAGGGUCUUUGGAUCUGGAGAUGAAAGAGUUCAGCUUAAACGAAGUGUUGACAGCUUCCACAAGUCAAGUAAUGAUUAAGAGUAACGGAAAGAGCGUUAGUGUAACUAAUGAAACCAAGGAAGAAGUAAUGUCUGAUACUUUGCUUGGAGAUAGUAUUAGACUUCAACAAGUCCUUGCAGAUAUUAUGUUGAUGUCUGUUAACUUUACACCAUCUGGAGGUCAGAUAACUGUCACAGCUUCCUUGAGGAAAGAUCAGCUUGGAAGAUUAGUGCAUCUUGCUUCUUUAGAGAUGAGGAUAACACAUACCGGGGCUGGUUUACCAGAGUUUUUGCUAAACCAAAUGUUUGGGACUGAGGAAGAUGUGUCAGAGGAAGGGUUGAGUUUGAUGGUUAGCAGGAAACUGGUGAGGCUGAUGAAUGGAGAUGUUCAGUACUUGAGAGAAGCUGGGAAGUCUAGUUUCAUUAUCACUGCAGAACUCGCUGCAGCAAGGAAGUAGUCCCCAAAAGAAAAAGGGGUUAUGGAUAUGAUCUGAUGGCCACCUGUUUCUGUUUGUUUGUAACUUUCCAAUUUCUUUAAUUUUCAUUUUCAUUUUUCAAGUUUCAAUAACAAUGAAAUAUCCAUCCAUUUACAUCUUUAUGUUAUCUCUGUUCUGAAGCUGUGAAUAUGGUAUGUAUAUCUAAUCUCAUGUCUUGUGUUUUGGUUUCAUAAUGUUUUUUUCAAAACUGAUGUAUUAU